GGAUCCAGUGUCUUCUGGUACCCUCACCAACGGGCCUACUGUUCUGCGUUCAAGUCCUGGUCCGGAUAUGUCAACGCUGUUGUUGACAUAUUCUUCACCAAAGAAACACUUGCAAUUUCAAGUGCAAGGGGAAGUGACAGAAAAGGCAAAAGCGGUGAUGCAAACAUUCCGUUGACCCCCCUCAUCAUUGAUGCCCUUGUUGGUAAGUAGUGCAACACUGAAUUAUUUUAUUCAGAAAUAAGUACAUAACUUGCAGUCAUGGGGAUCUCUAACUCACUAAUUAGAACUUGAAUUGACUGGGUUUUUAAGGCAUUGUUGUCCUUAAAAAAUAAGCAAUUUAAUAUAAACUUGCAUGCAAUAAUUAUGAUAUAGAAUUGAAGCAGAAAGAAUUUUAUUUGGACACAAAGUACUGGAAUCCCAGUAGUUUCCAUUGCAGCCCAUUACAAUUAACCUGGAUUUAAACUUCCACAAAAAAUGUAUAAAACUGAUCUAAAGGUUUUAAUCUUACUCCCUUAGCCACAGCAGAGAUAAUUAAGACACCAGUAAAUGAAAAAAAAAAUAAUGUCACUGAGCUUUCAAUUAAGUUAUUAAUUUUAUAAAUCAAGCAAACAAAACAGAACCCAUUACAAUUGAUUACCUCCAAUCAAGCAAUUUUUGUUUCUUGGUAAGGCAACAUUCCACGUAUAAGUUGGGGUACUGUUUUACAUGUAAAUAUGACUUAAUAUUAACUUAAACUUUUUUUUUCAGGUAAAGUCUGUUCAAAGUUUUCAAAGGACUCUCCUCAACCGAGCCAAAUCAUACAGAAGAUAAACAUGAAAUGUGUGGAAGCUAGAAGGCCCCCAAGAGUACGAGAGCAACGAGCAGAAUGA